AUGCACGCCUCCACAAUUGCCCUGACCGUCUUUGGUGCUGCUGGCAUUGCCUCGGCCAUUCGGUUCACGUCCCCUGUUGCAAACGCGACAGUGACCCGCGGAGAGGCGAAACACGAGGUCUCCUGGUCCAGCGUUGACACGGACCCGGAGCGCUUCAGCCUCUACCUGGUCAACUUUGUCAACUGGCCUCCCUACUACCAGCAGCUUGCGACCAACGUCGAGACUGCUGCGGGUGCUGCUGAGAUCCGCAUCCCGUGCGACUUGGACGUAUCUGGUGGAUACCAGAUCAACGCGAUCAACGGCACAAACGUCUACGUAAUCUAUGCACAGACGCCCAAGUUCAGCAUCGCCGGCGCAAGCUGCCAGGACCCCGUGGCGGCCGAGCCGUCCACGUGCGCCUCCGCCGUGACCGUCACGGCGACGGCGACCGUCACGACGACCGUCACGGUGAGCCCAAACCCUCUCCACCCUCAGACCAAUGGCACUUUUGUCCCGCGCCCCCCGGCGGUGACCUCGGCCGCCGCCGCCGUCACCACCACUCCCACAGUGCCCCGUGUUAACCCCGGUACCUGUCCCGACACCGUCGGUUGGGGUACAUCAGGCUACGGCUCUCCCGUAACUUUGACCGCGGUGCCGCACCCGCCCGGCGAGCCCACCGCUCCCGCCGUCAACAACGCUGUUAUGAGCACCCCCGUGCCGUCGUCAGUCGCCGAGAGGACUGUCGGUAACGUCGUGUACCAGACCGUCUACAUGGACCUGGCCGACUACCUCGCCAAGGGUGGUUCGUGCGGCUGUGACGCAUAA